CGGAUUGCGCCACCCGGCGGAAUUCGUCGGGAUUGCACCUCCGGGAGGGAGUGUCCGCCCAACAGGUCCCAGCAUGCUUCAUUCUUACGUUCGGGUUACUUGCUUGGCAGCACGCAAAAUAAGAGAGCCAAGAAUUUUGCAUUUUAAACAACAUCCUUCAGUCAUCCUUCAUUCAGCUGAGUCAGAAAGUGCAUGCAAGAAUGUGGGGCGCAGGGAAGAGGAAGUCGAGAAGGCCGGCGAGAUUCGUAGACUACUAUACAGAAGGUUUAGAUGAACAACAGCGGGACGACGUUCGGCCGAGGUCAACCUCGACCCCGAGAUUCCCAGUUCCAAAACCGAGAGAGGCAAGGCGAGAAGUAGACGUGGACGAAGUGGAGGAAGAGAUAAGGGAGGCUACAAGGGAAAUAGAGGCCUUGAAGGUGGAUUUACAGCGGAUGGAAAGGUCAGUGCUUGAAGUUCAAGAAGGUCAACAACAAAAUGGCGAACAAAAAACCCGCCAUUCGCGUGACGUCACGGCUGCGAAGUCUCGCGAGAACUCGCCUACUCUCGGGCGCCAUCUUGGGGACGGCAGGCGCGAGCCUCCAACACGAAUCUCGGCCAACGAACUACGCCAGUUCACUCGGAUGAAGCAAGACCUACAUACCAGGGCAACCUCGUCCCCGCCACCGUCUCGCGGACGUAGCAAGAAAGCGGCAGCCAGCGCGCGGAGCUCGAGCUCGUCUUCCGAAUCAUCGACCUCACGCUCGAGCUCAAGUGAUCACUCCAGAGCCUCCAGAGAUGCAGACUUUCAGUGGAAACUUUUGGAGGAGGACACUAGGACAACUCAGGCAUCAGUUUUCGCGGUCGGCACAUCUCGUAAUCAUCAGACUCAUAUUUCCACUUACCUUAAUUUCUGCAACUACUUUGGCAUAGUUCCUAUGCCUGCCAAUCCACACAACCUGGCGUGCUACGCCCAGUUCCUGUCACGUUCUCUGCGGUCCUCGGACUCUAUAGCACAUUACCUAUCGAGCGUGAAGCUCUUCCAUCACCUGAACGGGUUCACCACAUUUAGUUUGGAUCACUUCGAAAUUGCGCACACGAUGAAAGGACUUAAGAAACGAUUGCAGCAUCGUCCUCGUCAGCAUGGUAGGGUGGACAUUCCAUUACUAGUCGAUCUCGCGGGCUGUUUCAAUACCCAGGUGCCACGGGACGCAGCCAUUUGGGCAGCCAUCGUGUUCAGUUUCUUCACAUUCUUUCGUCGUUCAAAUGUAGUGUUGGAUUCUAAGACGCAGUUUGACCCGAAGAAGCACUUGAAGAGGCGGGAUAUUCUCGUAUCACCGGCUGGGUUGCUCAUCUACGUCACGUGGACUAAGACUCUACAGAGUCGCGAACGGGUUCUCUCAGUUCCACUAUUGCCGAUACCGGGUUCGCCGAUUUGCCCGGUUGCCGCCUACACGCACAUGUGUGACUUAAUCCCAACAGAGCCAGAUCAGCCCGCGUUCGUGGUACCCUACGAGGGGUCGUAA